AGGAAACGAUAGAGAGAGGAUGUUUCCUAUUCUAAACCUCAGAAGAUUGUGAUAAGAGCGAAUGUCACUGACCUAUUCGAAGCGUACGGUUUCGUUGCUACUGAUAUUCGCAAGAGAUCGACAAACCAUCUUUGAAAUAUUAAAUUCAAAAUUCUACCCUAGUAGCACUUUGACAUAACAUUGGUUAUAUUGGGAGUACAUUGGCCAAUGUUUUUUCAAUGUAACGUCAAUAUUGAUUAUAAAAUGUUGGUUCUAAAUUAGGAUGCGCACACACUCCAAUAUGAAAAAUUGAACGGUCUAAUAUUGACCCAAUGUUAAACCAAUAUUACUAUUUAGACAAAUCGUCUAAAUAAGGUGAACCGUCCACUUUACAAUAUUGGACCAAUAUUGGGGAUAUUGUAUUUGCAUUAUUUUCCAAUAUUGCGCCAACGUUUUGUGCUACUUGGAUAAUUGCAAACGAUGCAUACUUACAAAAUUACUUCAAUCCCGUUCGAUCUUAAUCACGCCAACAUCAGACUCUGUUAUAUCAUAACUAGCCAACGUAAUUCUUUCGAGCAUACAUAAAAAAAAAAUUUCGCGCGGUAGUACACAUGCACACACAUAUACGUAGGACGCGAUAAUGACACGUUUUGAAUAAAUGUGUUUGCGGAACAAACGAGUUACGAGCGAUAGCGCUCGAGGAAUAUUACGAGGAAGAAAGGUUCAAGUAGUAAACUCGAGAGUCGCCUUAGCGAAUAAGACGACUAAAAAUAGAGAAUCGUUAAACACUAAUCACAUGGAAUGCUGCAGAUAAUGCCAUUUUAUUAUUAAUUCCUUCGUAUCGCCAUAUUUAUUCAACUAUGUGUGUCUAUGACCGCAUCCUGUCGCGACGCGGCCAAUAUUAUCAUUGCGAGAGUAUGUUUUUAACACUUUGCAACCCCUACCUUCGUUACGCCGCGCGUAACCAUCUUCACAUAGCUUUCGGGUGAGAGAGGCGCCGCGCGGAUAGCGGACGACAGCCUCGCAGCGGCCGGUGUUCGCGAUAAGCAGUGCAAAUUUGACGUUGCACUGCUCCGUUGCAGUGAGACAAGAGAUAACAAUUUACGUGUUAAUAUAUUAGCCGACGUGCGACGACGUAUCUUUACGAGGGCGUGCGGCGCAAACAUUUCCAACUAAGACUUUGACAUAGCGCAAACGCUGUCGGUAAUGGUCGUUAACCCCGGGGCAGCAAGCCCGGGUAUAAUAAACGGGCUUAAGGUAUAAAGGGUUGCGUCGCUCAUCUCGUCCGAUUACUCCGUUGUGAGAACUCGGCGAACUAUGGAAGUGACGACGCACUUGCUCGUGUACCUUCUCGUCGGUUUGAGCACGCUCGUAGCGCACGCCGAUAGAAACCCCGAGCAGAAUGCCGAAGUCAACACCGAGGCACCGAUCACCGAGGAUCAGCAAAAGGUGUACGAUGAAUGCCGGAAUCCGGACUACAAGAAGUACGUGAAGUGCUUGAUGAGACCGAAGAGGCACGGUCAUCACACGAGCCACGGAGACGGGGCGCCGGAAACUGAUCCUGUUCAUUGUCUGGAAACGUGUCUAAAAAAGUGCGAACAUCACUUGGAUCACGAUUGCGAGAAAAAAUGUAGCCACUGCACGAAGAAGACCAGGCACCGGCAUCAGAUAAUCACGGAAUACGAAACGGAAUGCACAUCGGGAAAUUGCAAUCUAGCCAACGAUGGACUAAAGACUACCAACAUAACGACGAAUAUCGGCAUUAACAAUGUCAUUAAUCCUUUCGCGACCAUUAAUGGCAGUGGAAUCUUUUUUCCCAAUGGUACUACUAGGCCAGGAGACAUUUUCGAUGGCUGCUGUCCACCUGGCGGUGGUCCUUGCCGUCCUGGUAGUCCGCCCUGUUACCCGCCCUGGUAUCCAAAGCUUCCAGGAUAUCCAGGGUAUCCAGGGGUAUACUCAGGGGUAUACCCUGGAGCUGUACCGUCGAUCCCCAUAGUACCUCAAGUCUCGUUAGUACCGCAAAUUACGUACGGAGUAGGAUUCGGAGCUACGGGUGGGUGCGCGUACAAUCAGUGGCUUUGCAUUCAACAAACCGGCUUCCAUGGAACUUCACAGUUUCCAAGUGUGCAACCUGACUGCUCUGGAUGCGGCAAUCCUCUUUUGCGCUACAGGUGCGAUGUAAAUUGUUACGCAACUUACAUAAAUCCAACGACUAAAACACCUUGUAAGAGCCCGGAUUGCGUCGGGGGUUCCACGUAAAAACAUCUCGGAUCUAUUGAAGGAACAAGAAAUACUUUAUUGUUCAUAUUUACGCAAUCAGCUAUAGCUCAUGUUAAUAGCGGUGGACUUUGUAAGAAAUUAUAGCCAUGAAGUAGAUUUACCAGAAAACAAUCCUUUGUAUACUAUUUACUGGAAUAAUCAUUUAUGAUCAAUUUCUCAACAUUAAUAUAUAAAUAAAGGCAACAUCAUUUUUCUUAUACAAAGAUCUGACCACUUCGCUCAUGUUCACAUUGAAUCGUAAUACAGAAAAGGGUAUACCGGUAUAAGAGAGCGCGGCCAUGUAUGUUAGGUUGCCAAUCUCCUGGCGCAAUUGCGAGUAUUUUUCACGUCACAAUGAAACUAAUUAUAGUUAAAAUUAUCUAAAUAAAUUAAAUUAUAUAUUUGUAGCAAAUAUAUAGAAAACCACGAGGCUUGAGAACCCGUUUGAACGUAAAAAAAACAUAUUCGCAGAUUUAUUAUUUCGACAUAUGGCUAUAGAAGUAGCGUUAGAAUGUAACAUGCAUAAUGUAUGUAAAUAAAUGAAUGGAUGAACUGAAACCACAGACGCGAUUGCAAAAUUUGUCUUGCGUUAUGCGUAACGCAUCGGCAGCCAUUGGCGCGUUGGCCGCCGGACGCAUCGACUGCGUCGCGUGGAUAAGCGAUGUGCUCUCCUACGGGCGAGCGAGUGCGAAAAGACUCCGUCAGGUGUCAAGGUGAGAGAACAGGUGCUGGAAGCGUAGAGCCGCAAUAUUCAGGUGCACCAUAGCGAAAGACUGUGACAUUAUGACGUUUACGAGAAGGCUGAGCGCAAGACGACCAACGGCACCGUUUUUUUCACUUGCGUUUUUCAUCGCGCCAUUGUAAGGCGCAAUGUUGAAGGAGAUUCUCUCGGAGACGAUCAAGGAUACGAAAACGAGAGAUUCGAAGUAGUUUUUCCACAAUCCGUAGAACAUCGGCCGAUAUUUGCGUAGAGAUAAAAAAUAUUAAAUGACUUUCUGAUCGGCGAUCUGUGUUAAACGAAAUACGGUAAGAGUAAAACGGCAGUAAUUUAAUUUUUUAUCCUUAUCAGAAAAUCAUUUAACAUUUUUUUCCACGAACCGAAAUAACGGCUUAAGAGCAAUCAGCGUUCACGAUAAUUACCUGAUCAUUUUAUCAUUAUCGCAUUCGCACGUAUCUGCUUCGAGGAGAGAUUCCAGUCGCCCAAACAAAAAGUAGCGGUCUUACAGUCGUGAACCUAUUACCUGCCUUUCGCAAUGCACCAGCUUCGAUAAGGUUGGAUAGCGAAAGUGCUUGUAGCAUCCCGAACAGGCGCAGCAGCGUGGGAAUAGCAACUUGUUUCUCCUACUACCAUCUUUCUCUCAAUUCCGAGGCGUGGAUGGAUCCCUUUCUAAGAGAGUUAAGUGCGUCGUUAAUGCGGCUCUCGCCGUGUGUUUUGCGGCGAGGGUAAAAAUUAAAAUGUGCCAUGGGAAAGGAAAACAAUUUUCUAUUGGUCAUCGAUUUUAGCGUUCGUUUCUUUUUCGCACCUGAAAUAAUAUCGACGUAAAAAGUGUCUCGUCUCUUUACAUAGAAAGUUGCAACGUGUCAAUGAGAUGCGGAUACGAAAUUAAUUUUAAAAAAUAUGUCACAGCUUAACUCCUUCCGUGGCAGUCUACUGGAAUAUCGUAACGCGUUUACUGAUCGGCAUUGGAAACGUCGUAUCGACGAGACCCGGAAGCGGUAUUCUACGAGGGGAUAUUUCGCGCGUGAAACGUGUAAACGCAAUAUUUUACCGGCGCCGAUACGUACCUGAACGAGCAUAGCUAAGCGGACUUGCCCUUAAGCGACGCCUUCCAACGUUAUUGUAUUGUUAGAGCAGACAGCUAGCCGGGUACGUGCGCACGACGCCGUCACCGUAUACGCUACGUUAUGCCACGCCAGUUUCUCGAACGAUAAGAAUGCAAGCGUUGCCCUGUGGCGGGCCGGACAGCGUGGGCCGUCCUGCCUCCGAACAAUCAAAUUUACAGCGAGCGCAGAGGAUUGUUCCUGUUAUUUCAGCCCACUCCCGCGCUAGCCGUCCGCCAAUCAAUUUCUUCUUUCGCUUCCUUUCAAAAGCGAUGCCUUUUCUUCUCUGUCUUCCGGACACAGAUUCUCCAAUUCAUUCGUUCUUGAAAAAACAAAAACGCUACCGUUGGCACACAAAAAAAAUAAAGAGUUGCAUAUAUUAAGAUUUGUUAUAAGGAGGAUACAUAUUUAUAGACGGUAUAGUGUCACUGAGGAAGUGAGCUCCUCGCUUCCUUCCUUUUUGCCGAGCUGCACCUGGUGCGAGGCUUAUCAAGCGGCUUAUGACGGACCACCCACGGAUAUGUGUAUCGGAACCCAGGUGGAAUCAUUAGAGCGAAAGAUCGGCGCGUAUAUACCAGACGCGCGUGGUAACAUCCGUCGGUUGGUGCAUCAAAAAGUCAUAUACCGCGUCAACCCGUCAAGUUUCGCUCUAUACAAUAUAUUUUUUAUAACUCUCCGUCUAUUCUCCGUGUGUACUUUGCGUAAAAGGAUUGAAGGGUACGCUGCAUGAUAUCGCGCCAACAAUACACGCGCCGCUCCUCCUCCUCCCCUCCUUCCAUAAGGAACAUUAAAUUUUCACGGUUUGUGAACUCAUUUCCCUGGGAGGCUCCAGGGAGGGUGCCCGAAGACGCCCCUCGAAGGCGCGCGGCGCGUGCCAUCGAGUUCGAAACGAGGCUUCCAAUUAACUCGAGCACAUGUCAUCCGCGCGUGCGUUGACUUCCUGCGGUUAAGAAACUUCGUCGGAACGCGCGGCAAAAUGUUAAAUUAGUAGAACAUAGGAAAUAAGUCGAAGGCAACAAUGGGCAUCUUACAAGCUUGUUAUUAUUAGCUUAUUAUUAUCUUCGCGUUUCGGGUCUUUUGCGCAAAACGCAAAGUAAGAAUAUUUAUCUAUAUAUAUAAUCUUUGUGUAAGGCUGAACUUUGCGUGGCGCAGCUAAUCGAUUGUUUGCAUAUAAGGUCCAUCGGUGGUCGUCUCAUCGAGAUCGUCAUCGGUUAAAUAAUUCGAGGAGUCACUGGCCCGUAAAAUGACCACCACUACGUAGGCAUCGUCGAGAGCGAAUGAAAGUUCGUUGGGGACCGCCCCACAGUCAAGGGUUAGCAAAAGUCCGUUACAGUUAUUCCUUGAAGCAAUCGUUCAGUCGAGCACCCGGGGAACACUAAUGAAAUGACCGGUAAUCGAUUCGCAUGAUUGGUAUGAACACACACACACACACAUGCGCGCGCGAUCGAAAUUUUAAAACGUGAUCUUUUCCAGGCAGUCCAAAUGAGUACGAAUUAAUCUAAAAAUUUUGAUUACCUUUACACGCUUACUAUCCACGAGACACUUGUGACUCACGAAUGUAUAUAUGUAUAUUCAUGAGUUACAUUAAUAUUAUCUAUAACAUGUCGAUGAGUCACGUGUGAUGAUGUAAUUCGUAAAAAUACAUUUCUCUUUAGUUCUAAGUUUAAACAUUCAAAUACGCUAUCGACACGUCGCGUUCAAGCGAAAAGCGUCGGUACAGGUAUGACGAAGAAACCAAGAUGAACGGACAGUGGCCGUGUUAAAUUGGGAAUGUAAGCUUUAUAGGGAUAAAUAUAUAUCCAUCAUUAAAUUUGCGAUAAGAGAGACAGGCGAGCAUUAAAGCGCUUUCCAGCUGAAAUAUACAUUUGGUUAUGAAACUAUUAUGGGUGCGUCCAAUGAUCAUUUUGCAAACGAUCGACUUCAUUUGUCCGUUGUCCGGUUUAGUUAUUCGCGUCUCUCGGGGAGUCGCCCAUUUUCCGCGCGUAAUUGCACGCCGCGACGGUACAUUUAAUUAGCUUUCUGAUUGAGUUGAUGAGAACAACAACCGCGCGUAACAGCGGGACAUAAUGAUUGCUGCUGGAUAUUACGGAAGGAUAUGCAGGAGGAACGGUUGCUUUAUAGGUAUGGGUAUUUUACAUUGCUUAUCGCGCUCGCCGAUUGCUAAAGAAGUCGGCGCCGACGUCGGCGUGGCUUUUUUUCCUUUUCAAUGUCGAUUUUAAUUUAUUCAACAGGGUAGCCCACGACGCGGCCAACGUAUCCCGAGUCCGGGUAUUGUUAAUCUUUUCACUCACGAGAGAAUCGCUCGUAACGUAGCAUCCGGUUUUUUUUUUUCAGUGAGAAAACUCGACUUUAAUAUCUGUCAGACGAAAAGAGCGACUUUCGAUUUUCGUAUCGAUUACGACGUCCACUUUUGGGAAGAAAGCAAAAGAACGCCGGCCAAAAAAAGGAGUCUUACUAAAAUUAGCUUAUCGCGUUUUGUAAGAACUCGGCACUUUUUUGGUCGUCUCAUAAAUCAGCGCUCUAUAUUAUACAUAACAUACACCAUGUAUCCGUGUUUCUAUUUUAUCGAUCCGCCCGAUCACGUGUCAGAUUUGUGAGAAGUGCGUGGGCCACACGGACGUGUUCCUUAAACGCCAACGUUUCGUGUAAGUCUACCCGCGCGGCCUACGUUUUUAGAUCACUGCUUCUGGAGAUGACCGGCGAAAUGACCGGAUGUAACCGGCUGGAUGUUCGACUCGUCGGUGUAGGAGCUUUUUUUCCGUAACGAGAGAAACCAGAGAUUUUUUUCCCCCCCCGGCUGCUUCUCGCCGGACACCCUCCACGAACGUUCGUUUUCUCAGCUCGUUUUCUCAGCUCGCCAGCAGUAGCCACGGCGCGAAUUACAGGAUGAGUUUAUGUUGUAGGAAUCGCGAAAAGAGAGAGAGCGCUUUUUGCUCGGCUCAAGGCCUCGGCGAGAGACGUGAAUGAAUCUAGAACCUGUUUCUCUCCCCACAGGUUCUUCUCGCACUUGCCCGACUUCUUAGCACCGAGCCGAGCGAUACGCGAUAAUUUUACUGAAAAUAGCGUCACCAGCGCUUUUUACCGUGUCCGUUUACACACGAGCACAGUGGUGCGGUGUUCCGCGAGCGUGUGUUCUCGUCGAGCAUUUUAGGGUGUCGGGAGACCUUCCUUCUUUUAUUUCCUGCAAACUUAUCCGCGGCCAUCGAGUUGUUAUCAGCCACGUCGAAAUAGGCUUGCUAGUUAACGGGGCUCAAGGUCGGCUAAAAAAAAGAGAUAGGAGAGCCAUUGUGUCGUUUUGUUUUAACUAUCAUUAUAAUUAAUAUAAUUAUUAAAGGGAAAAAAUGAACGGAUAAAGAAAAUGGGAGAGAGGGAUUGUAUCCCCGUACAGGUAGCGCCACGAGCAAUCGGUGCUCUCGUGAUACCGGCAGUUUCGAGCGAGUCCUGCCGGUGAACGUUCGUAGCCGGGCCGUACGAGCGAGCGAAGCUUCUUUCCUCUCGUCGACCGGUGGCAGAUAUCGGUGCAUCGUUCCUCGAGCCGUUCCCCGGGAGCUGCCUCUUGCCUCCCGAAGCGCAGCGUGCGAUACGACACGGACGGCCGUAUAGGCAGUGUCGUCGACCGUUUUACUCUUGUCAGCACGCGGGUUUCCGGGUACGCGAGCGCGCGGUAAAAUUAAGAUCGGAGCCGAUGACGCGCCGUUUCAUCAUCUGCGAGACCAUGUUCGCGCGAUCGAGGGGCAACAACUUCCUUUGAUCGAAGGUAAGUCUCCAUCACGGUCUUUCUUUCUCUUCUUGUUUUUUUUUUCACCGCUUCCAUCCCAGCAUUCGUAAUUAAUUAACUGCACACCUCUGCGCUUUUCAGUAUCUCUCUUCAACAGACAACGUCACGCUGAACUGACUAACAAUGUCGCGUUAAAACUGACUAACUCUUCCGCUUAAUCCGAAUAAUUAAAUAAUUUGUAUAGUUGCAUAGUUAUUCGGAAUGUAAUACGGAAAGUUCACUGGUUAUGCGGUGGAACAGGAUACAGUGUACCGGAGCGUUCCUCGCCUGCUCCUCAUCAGUUUAUACUCAGCCGCGCUUAACGCUUACUAGAUAUCAACACAUGCUGCUUCAGAGGACAUUGACGUAUACAAACGUCAUAUACAGUUCCGCAUAAUUUAGAGCUCCUACAUUAAUCUUGCGUACAGUAUAUAUAUAUAUAUAUUAUAUAUGUAUACGUAAGUCACGUAUUUACGAUGCUACUAGAAACUGCCGACCUUUGAUUUGACAUAGAGAUUUCUGUUAUUGAUGAAUCUACGGCAUUAAAUUAUCUCUUCCUACAGUUUAUUGAACCUUAAUCGCAAAGAUAAAUAUUAGCUCAACUAAAGGUCAGAACAUUUCCAUCAUUAUUCCUGUCUGUCUACUCAAAUAUAAAUUGUAUUAUAUAAAUUGUAUUAGAUUCCAAGUACAAAUUUGAAACAACGCAAUUUGUAAUUUAUUGAACUGUAAAAAGACAUACUAAAGAUUUCUGCGAUUAUUUUAAAUUUUAUUAUUCGUGCAAUUCAAUUCUCGAAGAGCAGGAGGAACUAAAGUCAUUUUGCAGUCGCGAAUAAUAUUCCUAAUUUAUUAUUCACGCAUUUGCGUAAACUUGCUCGAUUUUACAGAGAAAUAAAUAUCAUUAAAAAACACAUAUAAAAAGUUCGUGUCAGAUUCACUACGGCAACUGCGAUGCAUAAAUUUAAAUAUGUGCGAGCAUCCUUCUUAGUUGAAACUUAUGCGUUAAAUAAGCAUGCAAUCUCUCAUCUAAUUAUUAUUUGCAUCGAUUUCACAUUACUCACGAGGGUCAAGGUUUUCUAGGUCAUUCUAGACAUUAUUAACGGUGUAUUAUUACAUUUUUCUCAUAAUACUUGAGCGAAUACUUGGAUAACGUUAAUCCUUUCACUGUGGCGAUGAUCCGUGACCAAGAAGCGGCGAUACCUUGAUGAUGCUCACGGUAUACGUGUAACAAGUGCGUAUACGGAAUAAAUCACGGUUACUACGUAAUCAUACUCUACGUAUUGUACUAUCGCGCUCUAUCGUCAAUAUCGGUACGUUGCACGUAAUAAUAAUAUCGCGUAUUCGCACCCGCGAACGGUACGUUUCGAACGAUAAAUAUUCCGCGAAUCGGUACGAGCGUCGCAUAUCCUAAAUAAGACAGUAGGUAGCGCGGCAAACGUAGUUAAAAUCUGUCGCAAAUAGUCUUUCAAGUAGCGCCGAGCGAUCGUUUCGCGGCGAGCUUUAAUGUCGCAAGUCACGCAUAACCCAUUUCGUUUGAUCGUAUCGACAAUGUUAAUACAAACAACGUAAUUAACUGUCAGAUGUACCGCGCGGCGUGUGCUGCUACGUGUGCACCGCGAACUCACCUAUUUCAAGAUAACGGUAUGAGAUCGUAAGCGAUGCACGAGAUGCAUUACAGUUAUGCAGUACGCGCCCGCUUUAUUCCGCGGAUUAAACACGCCCCUUUUAAUGCUUUGACGGACAGCCGGGAAGUGCGAUAUUAAAGUAAGUGUAAGCAUCCACGAAGAUUUCCACGUACGAUUGACGAUGCGUGUAGAUCUAUAUGGAAACCUUCAUCUCGAUGUCUCGUGUAUUAAUGUACCGCUCUACGAAAUUUUAAUCGAGAAGAUGUAUAUAAUAGCGGUUUCAAAUGAGUUUCCUACCCCUCGUAACGAAAGCACAAGGGCGCGCAGGUGCACACAUUUUUACCCCUCCGCAUAGUACUCGUGAUUAUAUGCACUUACACCAACCCAUCAUUUUUAUGCGUCGCGAAGAGAAAUUAAAAUUUUGCACACCGGCUUCCCGAACGAAUUUUUUCUCCCUGUAAUUUAAAUAGCGCUGAAAAAGUGUAUAAAACUGUAUUCAGCAAAAGUAUACGGCCGUGCAUUGCAGGUGCAUUCGUCUAUGCCAAUAAAAUAAGUUGAUCCUGGACUGAAUCUCUUUGACUGUGGUUAUCGAUCGACCCUCGAUGCCCUUUUUUAAUUAUUUAAUUACAUUCAAGAGCUGCUUGGAAAAAGAUCUGUCUGCGUUAUUCGUGUAGCAAAUGUGUGCCAGACCGGUGCGUUCGAGGACACGCGCGGCCUCAGGGCCGAUAGUUUUACUUUCUACGGGACGCCGUUCGGUGAAGAGUAAAAAAAAAAAA